UGUACCAAACAGACUCUUGUACUUUUAAUGUGUGUGUACCAAACAGACUCAUGUACUUUUAAUGUGUGUGUACCAAACAGACUGAUGUACUUUCAAUGUGUGUGUACCAAACAGACUCUUGUACUUUUAAUGUGUGUGUACCAAACAGACUCAUGUACUUUUAAUGUGUGUGUACCCAACAGACUCAUGUACUUUUAA